CCGGCAGCUCAGUGCAAUCCCAGCUGCGUCCCCGCCCAGAUCUUUUUUUUUGUUUCUCCUGGCUCGGGACGACCGUGCAGGAUCUGAGCUCGUCCCCGUUCCGAAGCGGCCACGACCGGGCGAUCCGAGCCGAGUGAAUUGAAAUCUCCAUGAGCUGAUAAGAGGACGUUAACCAUGCGGGUAGUAUUCGUGUGUUUGCUGGCUUGGCAUGCUCUGCUCGGGUGCAGUGUGGCUGAUGAAAGAGGCGGCGGAUGGGUUAACCCGCAGGGACACGCGUCCAUGAGCUCCGGAUCGCUGAACGGCUCCGUGACAGAGACCCGCACGCCGGCCAGGCCCGGCCGCGUGCGGGUGCGCACAAGCGGUGACUCCGUUGCGCUCCAGUGGCGACCGCCGCACGGCACGGGGGCCGCCGCCGCCGCCGAGGGGGGCUCUCGGGGCCGCGUGCGGGGCUACGUGCUGGGCUACGGCGAGGCCGGCAAGCGGCUCGACUACGUGCACCUGCCCCAGGGAGCGCGCUCGCACAGCAUCCAGUCUCUGGCGCCCGAGUCUGUCUACCUGCUGUCUCUGCAAUCCGCCAACGCCCUCGGACGGAGCCUGCCCGUGUACAGGGCAGCACAGACCAGGCGGGUGGUGUCAGAGGUGAACCGUCUGUAUGAGCCUGUGGACGUGAGCGCCAGGGUCCUCUCGCCGAAGUCCGUGCUCAUCACCUGGAAGGACCCUUCCUACGACAAGGGCUACAGGCCCGGCAGUGGGAGCACCAGGUACUACACGGUGCGCUACCGCGAGAGGGGCGAGAGCAGCGCGUUCGAGUACCAGACGGCGUCGCAGCUCCGCGCCACCGUGGAUAAUCUGGAGGCCGGCACCACCUACGAGUUCGGCGUGCGCACGUCGCAGGGCGAGCGGGACGGCCGCUGGAGCAGCCCGCACUUCCAGCGCACGCCAGAGUCACCGCCCACGUCACCCCCCGAGGACUUUGAGGUCAACGCGGUGCCCGGGACGCCCUCCUCCGUUUCCGUGCUCUGGACUCCACCCACGGGAAUGCAGGGACAAGUCACAGAGUACACGGUGUCCUACACGCCGGCACUCCGGCCCUUCAGUGGCAAAGUGAUCACUUUCCCGGGCGGCGUCACUCGGGGCACGAUAGGGGGCCUCUCGCCCGGCGAGCGCUACAUUUUCCGCGUUCGUGCCGCCAACCGACGUGGCCAGGGCCCGCUGUCUAAGCCCCUGAGCCUCGUGCUGCCACCAACCGUGAGCGCGGUCAGCUCCUCUUCCGUGGAAGCCGAAUCUUCAAGUGAGCGGCGGUCUCCCGCUGCCCCAGAGUUAACAGAUGCACGGACGUCUUCUAGGCAGGAGUCGAGGAUUUCAUCGUCACCUGUGUCAUCAUCAUCAUCAUCAUCAACAGGAGUGAGCAGUUUGCCGGCAGAACACAUAUCCCCACAGACAUCAGCAGCAGUUGUCAGCAAGAGCAGGAGGAUUGUCCAACCGGGGCAGUCGACGAAUCCGAGAAGAAUUGUUUCAAGACCAGGACAAACGUCGUCUUCAUCUUCUUCUUCUUCAUCUUCCAGACCGUGGCUAAGAUCUUCUCAGCCAGCGGCUAACAACAAACCGUCUGCAGUCUCAUCGACAGAGGACAAAUUCGGUUCGUCAUCAUCCACGCCGCCCCAGCCCUCUUCACCCAAGAGGGCUGGAAGCAGGGAAUACGAAAUUGUUGAUGAGCCUGAUUCACCCCCUGUUGCAUCCUCUUCACCACUGAACAGAGAUAUUUUCCCGUCUUUCUCAGAGACAGUUUCUUUCGGGGAAAGAACUUCAGAUUCACAAGAAGCAUCAUCAUCACCGUCACAGAAUUCUCUGUCAUCCUCUUCAUCAUCAUUAUCACCAUCCUCAAGAUUGUCUUCAGCAAGAUCAUCAUCUAAUUCUGUUUCAACAUCAUCACAUUUGCCCCGAACUUCAUCAUCAUCGUCAAGAUUUCCACCUUCGACAUCAGCAGCAGCGGCAACUUCUGCAGCAGCAGCAUCAAGAUCAGCAUCUGUGACAUCAGAAUCAUCAGCGUUGAAAUUUAACAGACAGCCAAACGCAGGCAUCUCGCGAAGUCCAUCGGCAAAUUCGCGAACCUCUUCGUCUUCCCCCUCUGCCCAGAAUCCUCCUCACUCGCCCACUUAUACAAGAAACAAAAUUCCUGGGGAAGCUGCAAACGUUCGAAUCGCUUCCAGUGCUUUGCAGUCUUCUCGUGUGUCUUCCUCAUCAAGGUUAUCCCCAUCAUCAUCGUCAUCCUCUUCCAGUGCGUAUUCAUUGGCACCUGUGACAUCAACUGAUUCGGAGCCGCCGAGGUUGGCGUCGUCGCCUUCGAGUUCCGAAAGGUUCCCAAAAGGUUCGCUGUCGUCCCAACGCUCCGGUUCAUCGGCAGAAUCGUCUCGGGAAAGGGCCACCAGGCCUCACUCUUCCUCUGGCCUGUAUGCCAAUGAAAGGGACGAUUUGCCACCACCACAUGAGCCGCAAAUCUCAUCAUCAUCAUCUACAUCGUCAUCAUCCAGUUCAGCCGUUCGGAUGCCUUCAAGAUCUCUGUCUCCGUUUGCCUCGAGGACUACGGGAACAUCAGUCUCCCACGCCGCUCCCUCUUCGACCUCCAGGCAAAAUCCCUCGUACCCGUCAUCUUCGUUAUCGUCGUCAUCAUCAUCUUCGUCUUCUUCAUCGUCACCGUCGCAGCCAGCCAGACCGCAAUGGCAAGGGUCCAGAAGUCGUUUCGCCGGAAGACCUCUCACAUCUUCUAAUCCCUCCACUGAUACAUCAAAUGACAGGAAUUACAGGCCCACCUCUGGCGAAAAUCGCAGUCCCUACAACGGCCGAGCGAAGCCCUUCCAGUCGACGCCGGAGAGGCCGACCGGCGACAGCAGACGGAACGACAACAUGAAAGUCAUCCACGCACCCAACGGCAGGGAGUGGAUUGUGGACUUGGAAAAGAACAUUCUCCUGACGCCCAAUGCGCAGGUGCUCCAAGACAUCAGGGGCAAGGCACUCAAGGUCAAGAUUGGCAGCGACGGACAGAGCAUAGAGGCGGAGGACGGCACGCCGAUCCUCAGCCGGGAGGGCCUCCCGGUGUUCGGCUACGGCCGCGACGGCAAGCCGCUGAUGGACGCGCGCGGGCGCCCGCUCUUCUCGCCCGAGGGCCGACCGCUCCUCGGCCUCCACAUCACCUUCCCGGCCCUCGCCACCACCACGACGACGGCCGCCACCACCACCACCAGGCGCACCACGACGAGGAGGACGACGACAUCGACGGCGGCCACCACCACCACCACCGCGAGGACCACGACGAGACGUCCGACGACGACGACGAGACCCACCACGACCACGCGGCCACCUACGACGGUCGACCACGCGGCAUACGAGGAGGAGCCCACGUCGGCGCUGCCGGACUCGUACGACUACGACCUGGACGCGGAGACCACGGUGGUCCCGCACGCCGCCACCACGGCCGGCAAGCCCUUCCUGUGCCCGCCCGGCGCGGCAGUCAACGGACGCGCCGACUGCGGCGGAGCGGAAGAGUCAUCAGGAGAAGGACCAAUCGGACAAUCUGAGGACCUGCCAUUGGUAGAUGAAGGUCUGCAGACCACGGAUGUCGGCUCGCACCUGGACCACGCGCCGUUCCGCAUGUACCCGAUAUCCGAGCUGGACUCGGCGGGAAGGAAGAGAUUCACCGCGCCCCACGUGCGCUAUCUGAGCAAGGACACCGACACGCCCUGCUCGCUGUCCGACGCCCUCGAGCACUUCCAGGUGAAGACGCUCGAUGACCUCAUCCCCAAGGAGCUGACCCCCGUGGCCCUCCCGGGCUCGCCGCCCAAGAACCUCACCGUGGUGGCCGUCGAAGGCUGCCACUCUUUCGUCAUCCUCGGCUGGACCGACGGGAGCAAGGCGACGCAGUCUGGGUAUCUCAUCCAUUCGGCCACGCUGGAGGACAUCCUGCAGAACAAGUGGGAGACCAAGUCUGUGGUUGACAAGCACGCGCCCAUUGAGAACCUCAAGGCCAACACCAGGUACUACUUUAAGGUGCAGGUGAAGAACAAUCUGGGUGUUGGGCCAUCGACCGAGCAGCUCUCCUUCGUCACGGAAUCAGAAAAUCCCCUUCUUGUGGUGCGGGCACCUGGUGGGGAGCCCAUCUGGGUCCCCUUCUCGUUCCGCUACCACGCGAUCGACACGGAGUGCAAAGGCCGCCAGUACGUCAAGCGCACGCGCUACAGAAAGUUCGUUGGCGUCAUCCUCUGCAAUUCCCUGCGCUACAAAAUCUUCCUGAGCGACUCGCUCACCGGAAUGUACUACGGGAUCGGAGAUGAGGAUGGAAAAGGGGAGGACCACUGCCAGUUCGUGGAUUCGUAUCUGGAGGGCAAGACUGGGCCGCGUCCCCCAGCCGAUACGCUGUCCAUCAUACCCGGUUACUACAGGAGGUACAGGCAGCAGCCCGUGGAGUUUGGGCAGAUCGGCGCCGGGAGGUAUUACGUCGGGUGGUACGAGUGCGGCGUUCCAGUCCCGGGCAACUUCUAGAAACACCUCCCCCCCCCAUCCCCACCGCCGCCCCCCAACACACACUUACACUGAGCAGGAAACGAGCAGCCCCAGCAGCAGUGGUGAAGCAAUGCUCCACGUAGACCCGCAAAGCGAUCUCAUGCACGAGUGUUUUUUGUAACGUUUUCAAAAUUCCUACUUUCGUUACGUGGCACUUGCGUAUGCGUUCUCACGCUCGUGCUGUCUGGCCCUUCGGGUGGGUUGUCGGGAUCGUACCGCGCGCUGUUCGGCACGGUGCCCGACGUUUCGCUUACAGUGCUCCGGGAGCCUCUUCCAGUUUCGUUGAGUUCCUGAAGAAGCCGGCGGAGCAGAACGUCUCACACCGUGCCCCGAGCAACGCGCGGCACAAGCCCAAAAAAGCCCGUUCGGAGAGUCGUUCUUUCCCCCCCCCUCCCAUCGAGGUGCUCGUGGUGGAGCUGUAGCGCACGAGGAGUUAUAUAACUGCACGCCAAGUAAAAAAAAAAGAAAUCUACACCGCCGCCGUUGCCCGAGCGCCCGUUGUCUGGAAUUGUUUACUAAACACGUGUUGGAUCGCUUGGUGAGCUCAUCUGGGUCAUCACGCGAGUCCUAGAAGUCGGCGUGAACCUCGCAGAGUAACUGACAGACCGGUGCACCCCCCCCUUCCCCCCCCGACACACCACGGAACGCACGACUCCGCGCAUGGUCACGUGGCUCCUGGGUAAAAAAAAAACAGACUUUAUAUAUAAAACGAAGCGAGUCGUAAAAAAUAAAAGAUCAGCGAUGUGUUUGGAAACCCUCCAGGUAACCGCUGGUCUUGUGAGAGACGACGUGAGGUCGUGUGCCACUCACCACUCGUCUGCACGCACGCAGACACACACACACUCACACUCAUCCCCUCUAUAACUCAUUCCCGUUCAGAUUGUUGGGGCAAGUGCUAUUUGUGGGCACCUAUUAAGGCUGACAUUACAUGAGGGGAGGUGUAGCCAGUCUCACGCCCGACCGUAUGUCGUUGUAUACACACACAACUUGUUAGGUAGUCAAUUAAGGCUGAGUCGACCUAGGGGAGGCCCAUGACCGGUGCAGAUAUUGUCAGCGAUCUUGGCUGUGAGUGGGAAUCGGAUUCGUAGCGCAAUGCGCUCACUCGACGCUGCGCCACCUGAAAAAACAGAGAUAAAGAUCCCCCGUAUAGCCUUAACAUACUGUUGAGGCAAGUGCUGUUCGCGAGCAUCUAUAAAGGCUGGCACCGCACACGAGGGGGUGGGUGGCCAACACCACCCA